AUGGACCUAAUGUUCCUGGCUGACAAAGCGGAACAGGAGGCGAGCAAGGAGUCCAAGAAGCUGCAGGACAUGCAGCGGGCGCCUUCUCACUCAGAGGAAGCCAGGUUCGACAGCCGAGUCGGACAGCGUCGGGUGUGGAUGACCAAGAACGAGGUGGCUUUGCAGAGCCGACUGAGGUAUCAGGAGGCCGUGGAGGCCCUACACCGAGUUCAGGCAGAGUGGGGGCCAGCUCUCGGUCUCGAGGUUUCAUCGUCAAAGUCGAGCUGUACAUCAUCGAGAGAGGGGAGUGUGGGGAUGAAGCAAGACGGAGCACUGCCGGAGGAUUACGCAACAAUUGGUAGCGGGGCUGUGGCAGGGGGGGUGACUGCCGUGCGAGAUGAGUCGCGGGUGGUCAAGCAAAAGCGAGUGGACACGUGGGUGGUGGACGGCGCGCCGUUCCCCGAAGUAAAUGGACGGUACAUGGAACGCGGUGUCUAUGGCGGCGCCCCACGCUACCGCAACCCGAACAAUAUCUUCCUAUUCCGGCACACGCUGCGCCGCUCGGAGGAGCUGGGGAUAACCCGCCAAACAUGUCUUCCAGAGAGCGAGCUACUCGGCGAGGAAGUCGAGUCCGCCGCGACGACGGCGGCGCUGUCGCUGGGGCGGGAGGUCUCUGGGAAAAUCGGGAUGGACUUCUCGCGCCUGGAAAAAGUAAGGCGAAACCACCAACGCAUCGCGCGUGCUGUGGCCAAGGUGGACGCACAGUUCCAGGAACAGAUGAGCGUCGCGUCAGCCACGUUGAAUGGAGUCGACAGGGCUGAGAAGAGCGGGGGUGACGCGGGCAGUGGUGCUGGCGCUGGGGAUAGGGUAACCUCGGCAGUCGGAGGGGGAGCAGAAAAAAGCAGGGACUUGGCGGUCAUGGCAGCGUCUGACGGCCCUAAGCUCACCUUUCAGGACAACACCAGCGAUGGAGACCGGGUGAUCCCUUGCGAAGAGCACGGGGUCGCUCCGCUGUGCAAGAGAUGGGUCGCACGCGCGUGCCCAAAAAGCCAGAUACAUUGCCGGUGUCGGCACUAUUUCAUCAGCAUCGCAGAAAAGGAUCGAAUGGUAGCAUGGAGGGAGGGGAACUGCGCCAAGACAGAGCUGGAAGUCCUUGCGUGUAUUGCCAAGAGAGAGGGCCUUCUUUCCACGGCGGAGCGGGAGGGCGUCGCCUGCAGCAGGAAUUUCUUGUCGGAAUCGAGGACCAAUGUGGAAGAAUCAGACGUGAUCUCUUUGCUGCGCCUAUUAGAUCAGCUCCGUCUCGCAUCAGUCAGAGUGGUCGAGGCUGUUUGCCUCUGGCGGGAAGACACGCAGGCGCAAAGGGUGAAGUCGGCGUUGUCUAGCAACGGCAACAUCUCCUCGGAACCAAGAACGCAAGAUGGGAAAAUACCCAAGGUCAACGCAGGGAAAGGGGAACCGUCGGGCGCUUUGGAGGCGGAGGAGCCAACACCGUCCUCGCUUGCGUCUUCCGACCGCCGGCAAGGGGGGGGAAAUAACGGGGAAUAUUCGGGAGUGGAGUCACGUUGUCCCAUGGACGACCAAUGUGGAGACCUCGACGAAAAUAGCAGUGGGAAUACAGAUCUCCGCAUCAAGCCCCCCAAGGCGCCGGUUGCUCUUGGCAGCCAUUCCGAACGCGGCGGCGGCGGGGGCGGUCAGUCCGCAAAGGGGAGAUGGGUCGCUACGAUGAUGGUUCCCGGACGCAAGCUGUGGGACUCGUCGCCGGCGAUGAUGUCCCAGUACAAGCGGUUCCGCAGGAGCAGGCAGGACCCCAAGAUCGCCAGAGAUCAGCUGUAUCUGGGGGUGUUCGAGACCAAGAACGAAGCCAUGGAGGCCUACGAUGAUGCUCUUUGUCGCGAGGCGGUGAAGCAGAGAUCGUCCGUGCUUCGAAUGCCCAAGAAACGCAUCGUCACCCGUACCUGCGGCAAGCACAUGGCGAUCCAAUCGGACGACACCCCGUCGGGGCGACCAUGCGAGCAGUGCGCCGCCGAGGCCCUGAACGGCGGCGUCAAGCACUCGCCGCCGUACAUCUGGAACAACUCGAACUACCUCCUCAAGAUGACCUGGGACCUGGAAUUCUUGGCUAGCGUGGACCCGCUCGUAAGCUGGUUGGGGGCUGGUGGUGGUAAGGCUUUCGACCUCAAGGGCAACCCCUUCCUACUGGCUACUGCUGGACACGACGACGAAGAGGAGAUCGUGGAGGGCCUAGGGAGAGCAAGCCUGGCGUCAGGCGAGCCGUCCGCCGGCAUUGGUUUGCCUAGAGUGCCUUCAGCACUACCCUUGGCAAACCGCACCGACGUCGUCGUUCACCCGGGCAACUCCCCCCUCCCUAGCACCGCCCCGUCUUCUCUCCCGGCCCCAUUUUCGCGGUGCCUAGGAAACAACCAGGCAGAGGAGGAUCUCGUUGUCGCCCCACCCCCCCCUCAACAGCAGCAGCAUGAGCAGCAGCGCUCAUGGACGACCCCUGCGUCGAUCUCUCACCACGCGGGUGACGGUGACAUCAACGACGACGACAACACAGUCUCGGCGAGGACGUCGUGUGCGAUGUCGGCAAUUACUACCCCGAGGGCCGCGUGGGCGGAUGAGGGACACCCGGAUCUGGACGAUGUUGCCUUCGGAGGAAGUAGUGGCCUGGACGACAAUAGAAGCGUUGCUUCCGGCAGCGCUCCUCGCAGCGACGCGGAUGGUAGUUUCCAGGGGGAACGAGAGGAUGCGUUGGCGACGGUUCCAGAAGUCAGUGCUGCUCGGCGGCCGAGGCAAGCCGCCUUCGGAAGACCUACAACGAAGGUGACGAGGUUCUCGAACGGUGUGCAGGAAUGGUACGGAGAGAUUGCCAAAGAGGGGUGCUUUAUUUUCCCUUUCUCCCCCGCGAUCAACGACAACAACAACUUAUCGCUUAGCCGCCAACAGCGAGUACCAGAGGGGGUAGGACCAGGGUUCCCACCUCGCCAAGAGACAGGGACGUCCGUCGAAGUCUUAGACAUGAAAAGGGUUGAGGCCGCCCUGGCGACUCUCCACGAAGAGGAAGACAUUGCAGACGCCAUGUCCGGGAAGCCUCCUCGAGAGCGACGACGUAUACCCCCAGCUACAGCGGCAGCAGCAGCAGAACAAGGCGGUGGCCAGGGGGAGGGCGUAGGACAGAGCAGCACGGCAGCAAGCGGGAAAAGGCCAGAACGCACGGGUAGCGCAAGUGUUGCGGCAUCAUGUGGUGGUGAAGACGGAGAAUCAGCAACUGCAAGCGAGACGCGCGAUGCCCAGGCCGUAACGGGAGCAGGGAUAGCAGCGGAUGAAAGCCACCAAGCCUCGGGAGGUGGUACUGUCGAGGCGACAAGCAGGAAGCGGAGAAUGAGGGACGUGUUAGCGGUUUACAGACACAGGGGCGCACAGCUCGUGCUGGAACAGAGCCGAAAGCGGCACCCAUUUCGACAGGACGGGGUUUUCUGCCGCCAGGAUAGGGGAGAGUGGGCCGGUCAGCGAGGGCGAGUCGGCAGGAUGAUGCACAAACUGAUUGAACAGGGCCAGCCGAUCCAUCGCUUAGCGGGCCCUCGCCUUCGCGUACUGCUGGCCAAAGCCCGCGGCCUCGGCGGGGACCGCUUGACGAUAGAUAUCGCGGAAGCCGAGGCGGCUCUUCGACUGUUUGGCCGAGUGGAGAAGAGCGCCACCGUUAUUCAGGCGUUUGUGAGAGGUGUCUUCGGUCGAGAGGCGUCCAAGCGAUUCGUAGCCAUGAGGAGAAGAGAAGCCAGGCUCAAGAGGAUUACAAUGACGGCUGCUGGUGUCGUGGCCGAAGAGGCUGUAGGCGAGAUGCUUCACAGGUCCUUACGAAGGGCGACACGAAUUAUCAGGAGACCGGUAACGGCAAGCGUGGGCGUGUUCCAGCAAGGACGUAGGAUGAUCGUCAGCGCCUGUCCCCUCGAGCAACGGGACAUUGCUGGAGGUGCCCCAAAGGCCGCCACAGAAUGGCGUCAGUUGUGCAGCGCGUGCCAAGGAAGGUCGGCUCACCGUGUUUGGAGCUGCAAGCGCGACGUCGAGGAGAUAUUCAGAGGAGUGUGCACCUGUAGAACCGUCAGGCCUCCGGAGUCCGUGAGGCUAACUGCUUACGAUCCCAUCACCGGCGAACAGGUGCAAAUGACCGUUCCGGGGAAACAUCUCACCAAGUAUCUCUUGGUGAAGAGGGCAUUUGAAGGGGCUGAUGAGAGAUGCGUAGCACGAAGCGGCAGCAACAACAAUGUCGACAUCAAGAAUGCAUCAGAAGCGAAAGGACUUGUGAUGGCGGCAGCUAAGCUCUGGCCUCUGCCUUGGGGUACCGUCCUCGGAUACGGGAACCCCAGGAGGGAGGCCGGUAUGGUUGUUCGGUCAUUCUGGGAGCCUUGCCACGAGGCCAGGAAGGUGCAACAGAGUGCCGAGAAUGCACGCCUUGAUCUGCAGCAAUUGAGCGAGGCCGCGGUGAUAGCGCGACGAGCUGCCACAGAGGCUGCUGCCGUGGAAGAGAGUUCCCGAGCCUGGCACGAGAUGUGGCAGAUGAACGCCGAACACGUGGCCGGCCGGCGACGGGACCUGGUGCUCAAGUUCCUGUCUGAGAGCGAGAAGAGCAGGGAAGCCCUGGCGUUCAGCUGGAGGAGCGUGCAGCAGAUGGAGAAUAGAGACACGGAAGAUUGGACUCAGGCGUGGGACCCCUUCGAGAACGGCAACAACUGGAGGCAGCUAAUCAAACGGAGGGCGACCGAUCGAGCCCUCACUUCAUCCCUAAAGGCCCGGCUCUUUGCGCGAGAUGCCGUGUACCGUGCCCGAGAAGACCGGGCAGCUUCGAAGCACCGGGCUAACGAAGCCAGGGCCAAGGCAGAGAGGGCCGGCAAGGCGUUGGGAGAGGGCACCACACUAGUGGAAAGCUUGGAAAAGAAGGCCAAGGAGGCGAUCGACACAGCUACUAGGGCUCUGAAGCUGCUGACUAUCCUCUCGAGGCCAACCGUGAAGGCCGCCGGGCGGCUGCAGAAGCGACUGGUGAUCGAAGAAGGGGGACACGACCGCGAGCAGUGGGAUGCCCUUUUUCGAGGAGGCAUGGUGCUGGAAACGCCGGAGCUGAGUUACGUCAGCGUUAUAGAGUCGAAGCGAAAGUUUUGCGUUGCGACGAUCAGAAGGGAUGCAAGGACAGGGACGGUCAGGGUAACCGCUGCAGGAGAUGACAAGGCCGUGGACCUUUUCUCCGUCACCAUGAGCGCAGCUGAGGUGAUGUCGGUGGUGUCGGAGAAGGUCGGGGGUCGUCGGGGAAAGGAGCUGGUGGCGCCCAUAGUUAUGGAGGGCGGCUACGCCGCCAUCGGCCGCGUGCAGGAGGCGAGGAGGAAGGAGAUCUUGCAGGUGUUCGUAGAGUCUUUAAAGCUGGACAUCUACCAACACGAGUUGGCAAUCGGAAAGCUCUUCCUGAUCCGCCGAAGCGCCGAGCUUAAAUCUCGGUUGUUAGAGAGCCUGUGGCACCAAGACGCUGUCAUCGGCCGUUCAAGUGGCCGAGGGACGGAGAUCUUCCGGCAAUUCCGCCGCCUGGGCACGGGCUGGGCAGCAGUGGCGGUGUACGAGACGUGGGGCGACCUCUUCUUCGAGGCGUAUGACCCCACCACGACUUCCACCAUGACUUUGGAGACGAGUGUGCGUGAGGUACUCGGGAGCCUGCUGCCUUCUGACCGAGCGGCGGCGGCGGCCUACUUGCUCGCUGUCAGGACGGGCACGUUCCCUAGGAAGCUCAUGCGGCAGGUCUUGAACCGUCUGGAUGUGAUCCUUCCGGGUGAGAGUGGCCGCUGGUGGCGGCGUCCCAUCGACGGAGAAAUGCCGCACCUGGCUCUCAUCUCGACCGAAGCUCCACACAGCACCGCUAGCAACGGCAGAAACGCCUGCCAACAGUACCGCGGGCCAGUCUGGACGGAGGAGCGUUUCUCUUCGGGAAAGGCGGUGACGGCAAGAGUGCUCGUGUCCGCGAGGGGGGACUACCUGGUUGAGAUGGAAGCAAGAGACGCGAAGAAACAGAAGCGGAGACUGGGGUCGGGGUCGGAGGAGGACACGGGGCGGGCGGCGAAGCAUGGGCAAAGCCAUGCGCCAUCUCGUCCUCCUUCGUGUUUGGCCACAAGCGAUAGAGGUGUGCUCCGCUUGGAGGUGAAAGAUCAGGAGUUGCGGUCGGUGCUUCGCGCUGUGGACAGGGAGCGGCGGCAGCAACAGCCCGAGGAAGGACCGGAGAGGAAGGACAUGGAAAACCUCCUGGCUCCUGAUCGUCGGGCAGAGCUUUGUCGGUAUCUACUAGACCAUAUAGCCCUCGAAGAUGUGCGCCCCAGCACGACGGCGCCCGCCAGCAACGACGAUACCCCUUCGAAGGGUUUAGAAGUGGUGGCGGCGGGCAAUGUUGGGAUUGAGGUCGAGCUCCGGGCGGCGUACAAGUCAUACAAGGCUUGGGCGGCAGCGAUCAACGCUCCGGUGGAUCGCGACCCUCUCCGAGGAACACUACAACAGCAGCAUUCUCCGGAGCUCUCGCCGUCCGACUUCGUCCUCGUCUUGCGGCCGGACAUCGACAGCGAUGAACACUUGCUGCCCAUCCACGAGAGCCCGUGGACCCCGGACGGAAAAACGUGGUUUCAGGCAAAGGUUAGCUUGCUUCAGGGUGCUCCAGCGGCAUCGGCGCCGGUAGCGGCGGUGACCGCCGUCGGGCCUCGUGGGAGUCACACGAACGGUGAGAGAGGCCGCGGCGCCGGCUUGCUGCCCCUAGGAAGAAACCACACUUGCAGCAGCGUUGGGGAGGGCUCAAAGCCAUUGAAAAAUGAAGAACUCGGAGAAAAAAGUGGGGGGCUGUCGGUUACGCUGAGGCCGGAGGGGGCGGGGCAGAGGAGAGCGCGCCUGGAGAGAGAGGCGAUUGCGGCGAUGGCCCAUGAAGACCAAAGGUCGAGGCUGGUCGGCCGGGGUGUGUCCAGACUGGACAAGGAGGCGGCGGGGAGAGCGGCGGCGGUCGAAGAGGCUCGCCGGUCAUCGAGGCUUGCGGCGGCCGUGUUUACCACGAGAACUCGCAACCAAAACCGCGUCGAAGCGCUUCUCCGCCAGGAACAGGCGCAAGCCAAGAUUUGGGCAGAACAAGACCUCGUGUCCGCGCGACAAGCCGCCGGGGAAAUGCUGCCCCUCCUGCGAUUGGAGACCCGCCCCAACGAAGGUGGUGAACAAGGGGCCCUCCCGCUGCUACAAAUGAUGGACGCUACCACGUCCAACGACGACAACCGAGGUAGAAAAGGCGCUUCCACACUCCGGCGGUUUCACGUUCUGGAUGGAGCGGAGGAGCCAACAACAACGGCAACGCCGGUGGCAAAAAGGUCGCUGGCGAAAACCAAGUUGGGCCGGUCGUUUGUGCUGCAGAGGGGACGGGAGGUAGUCGCACCACCGGGGGAAGCCAAGGGCGGCACGGGAACCGCGGUAGGGAGGACGAGAGAUGAAGAGGUAUUGCCCGCACCUUUGCGGGGUGUUUGUGUUUCUCGCUUGCCGGAAGGGCUAGAGAAGGGGUUGGUGCCGUCAGAGCGUCGGUAUCGAGGAGAAGGCUUCCUCGAGCGGCAUGGAGCAAGAUCUGGAUCAGGAUCAGGAUCAGCAUCCUUCGCGUGCUAUGCUGGCGUUAUGCAACGGCGACCAAACGGCGACAGCCGGCCCACGCCUCUAGUGCAACAAGUGCUGCGACUAGAGCGAGGAUGUGGGAGGGUGGAUGAUAAGAACAGGAAUGGCAGCAGUGCGGGUACGACGACGGUGACGACGAGGGCGACUUCGGUUGUAGCCGUAGUGAGAGCGGUCCUCGAACCGGCCGCCGCGAACACGUGCGACUGCGAUGGCACCGCCGGGCACGAGCAGGACGAUCGUGAUGCGGGGCGGUGCGAGGUACGCACCGUUAUUCGAGUGGAGGCGUACCUCCCUGACUCUUCGACGACCGUAGCUCUCCACGUCAAGGUUCCCCCAUCCCCUUCCACUUCCCCAAAGACUACCGUUGAGGGUGACGGCACACUACCAACAGAAGUCCACAAGAAUGAGGGCGGAGAAGACCAGGCAACGUUGCCUCUACGGAUAAAUGUUGCCACUAGUUCUUGUAUCAAGGGUGGUGCACCUGUUGCAGCAGAUACGGAAUGUAAGGAGCGACGGGAAUCGCUCUAUGUGGACGCGGAACACAAGCAAGAGUGCCGAUUGCGGAAGAAACGACGGCGAGCGUGUCGGGAUGCUCGCUACGCGGAAGCGAGGAGGGGGGACGCGGAAAUGUUUGCCGUGGUCCAAGAAGCCAUCGGCGACGCCUCCAAGCGCACUUCCUCCCACACCAGGUCGCAAAAGGGGGGGAUGGACACCUUCGAGGAGACUCCCAAUACGAAUGAGGGUCUCUAUAACCCACCGGACGGGGAGGGACAUCAACGACAUAAACACAACAAUGCAUUCAGUAUGCUGCUUGUUCGGGCGAACGUGGUCGUGCCGGUGAGGCGCCUCCAUCUCGGGUCAGGGUCAUGGAGGGAGACGAUCGGGAAACUGGUGGGCUGCCCUGCCGGCCAGGAACUGCGUGCGCUCAACGUCAACGGUCCUCUAGUCUAUGCCCUAGACUCGUCGUGCCCGGCUCCUUUCAACGUUAAGGCUGAAAAGCUUUUCGGCAUCAGGGUUGGGGAGGCAAAAAAUGUGGAACAACGGCGUCGCCGUGGUAACGAGGCAGUGAACAAAGAAGCCCGUCGGCUGCUGCCCGCUCUGUCUCGGUCGUUCUUUUCGGCCUCGUUCAACCCGGACGACGCGGCCGCCGCGGAAGUGCGGGCUCUUUUCGACAAGGCGUGGCUCACUCGCGUCUCCGAGAUGUUCGACGACCCCGCCAAGGAACUGGAUGCAUGUUCUGGGUUGUACGAUCCCGGGGCCGGCGUGUCCUGUGCCGUGCUGCCACCAGAGUCGGGCAAGAGCCUCUGUUGA